AGGCCUUUCCUCAUCUCGGAGGCGGAACCGGAAGCGCGAGGACGCGGUGCCCGUCAUGGUGGCCGCCUGGCCCGCGGGUCGGGCUUCCCCAGCGGCGGGGCCUCCGGGCCUCCUUCGCACUCUGUGGCUCGUGACGAUCGCCGCGGGACAUUGGGGGGCUGCUGCCUCCGGCGCGGUCGGGAGCGAGGAGACGCCCAAGUGUGAGGACCUCAGAGUGGGACAAUAUAUUUGUAAAGAACCAAAAAUAAACGAUGCUACACAAGAACCAGUUAACUGUACAAACUACACAGCUCAUGUUCCAUGUUUUCCAGCACCCAACAUAAUUUGUAAAGAUUUCAGCGGUAAUGAAACACAUUUUUCUGGAAAUGAAGUUGGUUUUCUCAAGCCCAUAGCUUGCCGAAAUGUAAAUGGCUAUUCAUACAAAGUGGCAGUUGCGUUAUCUCUUUUUUUGGGAUGGCUGGGAGCAGAUCGAUUUUACCUCGGAUACCCUGCAUUAGGCUUGCUAAAGUUUUGCACUGUGGGAUUUUGUGGAAUUGGGAGCCUAAUUGAUUUCAUUCUUAUUUCAAUGCAGAUUGUUGGACCUUCAGAUGGAAGUAGUUACAUUAUUGACUAUUAUGGAACCAGACUUACAAGACUCAGCAUUACUAAUGAAACAUUUAGAAAAACACAGUUCUACCCAUAAGUGUUUGAGAAGAGGAUCAGAUUUGAGCCUCCUUGAUUUCCAUAGAGAGCCCCAUAUAUGUGGAAUUCCAGAUUUUCCUUUUCCUUAAGUACCACUUUUGGGUGUGGAUGAUAUUUUGGUGUGUGCUCAAUUUUGAUUUGUUGAUUUAGCUAAAAGUAUUAUUCCUAGAUUUAUUUAAUAGUCUGUCUCAAAAAUCAGUAUAAUAGUUUUUCGUGGGCUUCUGUCUCUAUGAGAUAGCGACCCUAUUCCUGUUACUGUUAUUGUUUUACUGUACUGUCCUUUACAUGUCACGUGUCAUUUUUAUUUGUGAAAAAUAAAAAUUAUAACUUAUUGACAUUUUAUUCCCCUGUUAUUAAGAAAACCUUCUUAUCAUCAAACAAAACUGUCUUCCACAUUGUGAUCCUUUGAAGCAGUCAGUUCAUGGUGUGAACAAGCAGGGUUCAUACUGGUUGGGGCUACAGUGUCCUAUGUGUUGGCCCACUGGGAUGCUGCAGCUUUUAGUUCUGUGUUGUGUGAUGCCCUGGGAGCUGAGGAUCAUCGGUCCAGGGACUGGGAGGCACGUGGAUACUUCUUGUCUCUGAGAUGUGAAUUUUGUCUAUUUUGCUUGGAGAGUGACACACCAGCUAUGGAAGGCCAGGUAUGACUACUCCAGCUCACUGCAGUUACAGCUGACACUGGGUGAACUGGUGGGAGCGCCAACUAGAACUAGAUGAUGGCUGUCCGCCAUCUGUAAACACUGCCAGGCAGGUGCCAGCACACUGGGCUCUGAAGGAAGCAGCCCCUGUGUUUUGGCGCCCAGUUUUCUUACCGUGUAAGAGGGGCUUUAAGAAGAUGAAAACCAGCUGGGUGGUGGUGGCACACACCUUUAAUCCUAGCACUCAGAAGGUAGAGGCAAGAGAUCUCUGAGUUUGAGGCCAGUCUGGUCUACAGAGUGAGUUUUAGGACAGCCAGGACUACACAGAAGCCCUAUCUCAAAAACAAACAAAUAAAAAACAAAACAAUAAACAAACAACUACAACCAAAAAAGGGGAUGAAAAGGUUACCUUGAUUUCUGCAUGAACAUUGUUGUCAUUAAUUUGACUGGGAGAGCUAAUAUUUGCAUUUUUUUUUUAAAGGCAGAAUAUCACAGCCCAGGUUGGCCUUGAACCUACUGUGUAGUCCAGGAUGACCUUGAAGAUGUAAUACACCUGCCUCCACCUCCCAAGUGUUAGGAUGAUCAUAUCCACCAUCAUACCCAGUUUGUGUGGUGCUGGGGAUCAAGCCAGGUCUUCAUGUAUGUAGACGGGUACUCUACCUGCUGGGCUACAUUCCUCGACCCCAAAGCAGGCACGUCUCAAAGUGUCUGUUUAAAUACACUGUAUUACAAAGAGUUAUUGACUUUCUUUUCAGUGCACUUCCAUGACAAGAACACUUUUGUCCAUUUCUCUGUUGCAUUAUAUAUGAAAUGUGUUUACAGAUGUUUCUUCUGUUACUCAUUUUUAUUCUCUUCAUCAGUUUUUCCUUUUGUCAAGCGUUUCAUCAUAACUGUCUAUUAGUAUGUAUGAAUUUUAUAUGAUUACCCUAGCUUUUAAAGUAGUAGGCAGAAUUAUGAGGUUCAUUUACUCCUAAUCCCUCAAGGGUAAAUGGAAUAAACCCCUUCCGUCCUGCAGAAACAUCUAGUGCCCUGUAGUGGUCAUUUACAGAUGCACCUGAAAGGGUUAAUGCUGUUUCCAGGAGUAACUGUACCCAGACACUUUGUUCUUAGUCCCAGCUUUUGCUUCUAUUAUAGAAGGCCAAGUCUAUAAUAAGACCAAGGUAAUUUAUAAGACGCAGAAGUCACUUUUUCACAGUGCUGGGGGCUUGGAAAUUGAAUAUUGAGGUGCUGAACUGUAUCAUGACAUGGCAGGGAGAGAACAAGUAAACGAACUCAGGUUUCCCACCCUCCUGACUUCAUGAUCCCUACUAUACCCCAAAGGCUUUACCAAUAUACUACCAUAUAUACUAUCCAUACUCUACCAAGUAAGUGAGUUUAGGGAUGAAUUAAAGUGAUAAGACCACAUAAAUAAACUAAAGCGCCUUCUUAGAGAUGUCACAGACUUAGAUCUCAGCCAGCAUUUAUUCACAGGUCCACAAAGAUUGUCAGAAAUAUACAUUUAUGAGCAUGGUUUGUUUUACACAAAAUUUUUUUCCCUCUCUUCUUUCCUUCCUUCCAUACACUGUCCGUCCAUCUGCUGUCUGCCUGGCUGCCCUCCCUUCCUUCAUCCCCUCCAAGUCCUGCAUACCCACCAGGGUCUUGUGCAUGCUCGGUGAGCACUGUGCCCUUGAGCUGCAUCCUUAGAUCUUCCCACCUUAUUUUAACCUAAAUGCUUAAGAACAUGUCAAGUAGUUUGUUAGGCACCCAGAAAGCUAAAGAAUUUGUUUCUUUUAGGAAUUUCAUUGUAUUAUACGGAGCUACUGGAGGCCAUCUUCAUUGCAAAUCUGCAAUGUACUUUAAGCUUAUUUUCCCCACAACCACUGCCCUGACCACGUCACUCCCUUCCGUUAGUUCUCUGUUUCUCUGGUCUAGUGGUUCUCAAUGCUGUGGCCCUUUAAUACAGUUCCUCACGUUGUGGUGACCCUUACCCAUAAAGUUAUUUUCAUUGCUACUUCAGUACUAAUUUUGCUACGGCUAUGAAUCAUGAUGUGAAUCUGUUUUCCGAUGGUCUCAGAUGACCCUGUGAAAGGGCUCUUCAAUCUGGGGUCACGACCCACAGGUUGAGAAACCGCUGCUCCAGAUGGUGUCUCAUCUGUACAUAGAGAAAAUGUGAGCUCUGUUUUUUAAAUUUAAUCCUUGUGUGUGUUGUUUUUGUAUGUGUGGUGUGUCUGUGGGUGUCUGCACACCACGUGCGUGCAGAGGACAGGGUAAGACGCUGUGUAUUCUGUAUAGCUCCCUGCCCUUUUGCUUUGGGACGGGCUGUCACUGAACCGGAAGCUCGCUGUUAUGUCAGAAGAUCUUUGGUCCUAGUGUGGGGUUGCUGGACUCAAGUCUAUGUCCCACUGUGCUGGAGGUUCCAGGACAGGUCCUCGUGCUCUCAGAGGAAGCCACCUCUCCAGCCUCCCAGUCCUCCUGGUUGUAAGGAUCCCACAUUUCCCCACACACUACUUCUCUGUUUAUGUACAUCCAGGCUGGUUCCCUGACCGAGCUGUUGUGAACAGAGCUGCAGUAAAAUGGGUGUGUGCUUUUCCUUGUGAUUUGCUGACGUGGGAUUUCUGAGUAGUACUUGGGGGUGGUGUAGCUGUGUCAUAUAGCAGGCCUAUUUUUAAUUUGUGGGGAGUCUCCAUAUCGAUUUCCACAGUGGACUCACUUAUAUUCCCAUCAGUGGGUAAGGGCUGCUUUUUGUCCACAUCCUCACCAUCUUUAGUUGUUUGUUUGUUUGUUUUUAUGACUGCUAAAGCAUCUUAUAGCAAGAAACCAGCAAGGGGGAAAGUGAGUUCUGAAAAACCAGGCCUCUCUUUCAAAAGGCGCAUGCCCAGGGCUGCCCUGUGUUUCUUCCCUCCGCAGGCAUUAGCCAGCAACCCUUGCGCUUUUUCACAACUAUUCGCAAAACUGAUGCAUCUGCUGAAGAACUUUGGAAAACACUGUUUCUGCUAGUUUGUUAUGCAUGCUUAUACAUUUUUCUCACAGAUGAUACACUGCACACUUUUAUGACAGCUUCACCUUGUAAAAAAUUUUUUGUCUCAAUAUUUUUAUUUGUAUUUUGUUUACAUUUAUAUUUAAAUAAAGAUAUAUAUUGCAUUUAUUUUAUCUUA